AUGGUUUCCACGCUCAUCAAGCACAAGAGGGCUCGUCCUGCUCAACCGACGACGCCUUGCCCCUGGCCCGGCUGCACCACCAUGCCAUGCACACCACCGUCACCGUCCACGCAGCACAAGAGGGCUCGCCGUCCUGCUCAGCCGACGACGGCUACCCCUACGGCGGCGGUGUCCCAGCCCGACUGGUCGUCUCUCACCGCGGACCUCGUCCGCCGUGUCGGAGAGCGCGUCGUGGCUGCCGACGACAUCGACUACUACAUGGCCUUCCGCGCCGUCUGCCACAACUGGCGCCUUGCCCUCAAGGACAACAACGCGGCAAACUGCACCGACGAUCCCACCUGCUUCCAGCCGAGAAAGUGGGCGGUGCUGGACCGGCACGACGAUGACGUCCUCGCGCUUGUCAACCUGGAGACCGGCCGCUUCCUCCGCAAGAGGCUCCCGCUGCUCCGCGACUACUUCUUCGUCGGCGCCGCCAGUGGUGGCCUCCUCCUCCUCGCGGAGCCAACGUACCCCUACCGCGCCCGCCUCCUCAACCCUUUCACGGGCGCGCUGGCCCGCUUCAAGGCACCCGUUCCCGUGGGCGAGGUUAGGGAGGUCGCCGUGGUGGCGACGUCACCGACGACGACGACGACGGUGUUCGUCUCCAUGCUAGCCGACGAUGGCGCCGUCAUGUGGGCAGACCAGGACAGCAAGUACUUCGGAGAGUGUGCUGCACCGGCGCCUUACCCCGACGACGGUCUCCUGUGCAUGGUUCCCUUCGCCGGCGACGUGUACCUCACCAACCGGCAAGGAGCCGUGCUCUCUACUGCUGCUGCGGCCGUCGUCGACGACGAUAUGGUGCCUUCCAAGGACGACGACAUUGCGGGCUGCCGCUCGGUUCAGAGCAUCUCCAUGGCCACUGCCAUUCCGGAGGCAUUGUUGGGUGACAGUUGCCAUUAUUACCUUGUGGAGUCUGGGGGAGAGCUGCUGCUUGUGACCAGACCUGCUUGGUGCGGCGUGCCCGGUGAUCAGCUUUCCGUCCACAGGGUGGACACCGUGAGGAACGUGCUUGAGCCGGUGAGGUCCAUCGGCAACCGCGCCCUCUUCCUCAGCCGUGUCAGGUGUGUCUCCGUCGACGCUGACAAGUUCCCAGCCGUCCAAGGCGGCUGCAUCUACUUUGUGGAUCAGUUAAGCUGCUACUUCGACGUGCAGUUCUCGUUCAUGACCGUUGUUCGCUUCCCUCACGAAGCUGACGGAGUGCAACAGCCUAAGGUGGAUGUAAGCCCCAUACCAGCAGAUUGUUUCCAGCCGUUCACCCUGGCCCAUGUUUUUGCAAAUUACUGCAAGUUCGUCCAAUGUUCUGAACUGCGCCGCCAAAUUAUGAUCGAUGGCGAGGAAGAUUUCUCAGACGACGACGAGGAGGAUUCUGAUGACGACGAAGAUUAUUUCUCAGAUGAUGACGACGGAUCUGAUGGAGGUUGGAGGGUCCUCUGA